UUCCUAAACCGAUAAUACAUUUAAAAAUAGGACAACCAUUAAAACAAUUGGUCGUCUGUGAUUCAUCGGACAUAUAGGAUGACAUAUUCUAUUUUAACAUGGACUAUCUUUUGAAAUAGAAAAAUUAUCUACACAACCAGUGGUAGUAUUCUGUACAGUUUUACUGCAAUAUUAAGACCAAAGAAUCCAUUGUUCUGCGAACAAAAAUCACAUAUUCCUAUGCAUUAUUUUGAGUGCCAAUCUAACAUUUAAGAUAAAAUGAAGCCCGUCGUGUUCAUCUUCAGUCUGUUGUGUAUAGUUUUGUGUUUACUAGCUGAAAUCGUAAGUCAAGUAACUGGUACUGAUCCAUGUAUGGGUUAUAGUAGUUGUACCACAUCAUGUAAAGAAGAUUUACAACACUGUAGGGAUCCACAAAGGUAUAUACAGGGCGUGUGUAAAAUAAUAACUGGAGGAUGCAUUUGUCAACCAGGUCUAGUAGGAGCAACGUGCAAUAAUACGUGUGAACCUGGGAAAUAUGGAAUUGCAUGUACAAAUCCGUGUAACUGUGACGUCAAAGAAUGUAAUAGAGCUACUGGAUGUCCAUCAUCAGAUUACACUACGACUAUAAUUAUAAUUAUAGUAUCCACUGUAAUUGUCAUUGUGGGUGUAAUCAGCCUAUGUCUGAUUGUUAGAAAAUACAGAUUGAACAAAUCUACAACAAAGCACUUAGAAAGGGCCCAAGACAACAGUGAAGCUCAGUUGUUAUCCGACGGAACCAGAACUAGAAGCGGAAAUGACUAUGAAGGUAUUGAUACAAGAUUUGAUUUUAGCUUUCUUCCUGCAGAAAAUACAGAAAACAUGCAAGUUGACAGCACUCAUGAACAGGUUCUGAAUAGUUCUGAUUACGUAGAUAUGAACAUGGAAAACGACAAUCCAAGUACUGAUCUUAACAAUCAGCCGAUAACUAUCGAUAAUUACACGGAAAUCAGGGAUGCAGAUCUUCAUCAAGCAGAAGAAGAAAACGUUCAAAUUGAAAGUUCCUCUGAACAAAUUGCAAGUAGUUAUUCAUACAUCGAUAUUAACCUGGAAAAGGAACCACAACAUGUCAGAAAAAAUUAUCAGAUCUUGACUAUUGAUAAUUACAUGGAAAUCAGAGAUGAAGAUCUUAAUCAAGCAGAGGAAUUCAGCUUGACGCCAUCUUAUAUGUCACCUAAUGACAUCACUGAAAUACCAGCAUUUUUCAAAUCUGACAAUGCAUAUACAGUCGAGUCUGAUCUUCGAAAGAUUACGAUUGGUAUAUCGGAUGUUCCAAAAAUAAUGAACAAACAGGAUGAAGUAUACAAUAUUCUGAACCGGAUACCAAAACAGGUCAAGCAUUUUGAUACUAAUUAUGACCAUGUAACCCCAAACGACGAUUUAUACAAUGACUUGAAUUUUACUUUAAAGUAAGAUGCAUAAAAAAAAGUGAUUUAACAUUGUAAUUUUCUACUACGCUUGAAAUAUGAAAUAGUAGACACAAUGAGAUUUGGCAGAUACUUCAACUGCAUUAAAAACUUGAAAAAUGAAGACUUGUAUUUUUACUGGAUAUGACAAAAACAUUUAGAUACUCCAUGAAACAACUAUUCAUAUUGUUUUUGAUCUUAGACGGUAAUUUGAUUAUGUUUUCGCAGAUAAUAUUAAUCUCAAUGAGUGGUAUAUCAAGGAAAAUAAGUUCAUUGAAAUUUAUGAAAAAGAUCAAUGAAAACCUUUUCCGAAAGUUGACAAUUCCCGUUUAGCAGCCAAUUAAACCAUGAAGAAGUAAAUUCAUAUUCAAGGGAGCUCAAAUUGCCAGAAAGCAAUUAACAAUGCAGAAAGACAAUAUUUCAUGCAAUACCAGAAAAUUGUGUUGCCAUCGGAAAUAUAUGUACAGCAUUUCAAUACACAAUACACUAACAGCAUAUUAACGAAAGAUAAAAUUAACAUUAUUUUGAUAAAUACCAAACCAUUUCAGUUUGCAAAAAUAAUAAAAUAUCAAUGGGUGAAAGGGGGUCUAGUUAUAAGGAAAAACGAAAGAUCUUACAACUUCUUAACUUGUUCUCACGAUAAACAAUGUGACUAAUUCGCUGUGAACUACUCCGUAUUUUAAAUCUACCAAAGGAUCAUAGUUCAACAGUAAAUGCCAAUAGUUGGAAUAUAAUUUAGUAAACGGGUCUACCAGUUUAUCAUCUGCAUUUUUAAAGAUAUGUUAGCAUUCAGCAUACACAAUUUAUUGUUACAUCACUGCAAAUACGGCCAUAACGAAUUAACUCAGAAAGAUCAAUCAUACACGAGCUUAAAAAUAAAAGCAUCAAUAAAAGAAAAAUAAUCACGAGAGGAAACUAGCUAAUGACCCCAUUUUACAUCAACCUGCUCAUUAUGAUGAAGGAUAUUUAUUGAAUUUUGUAUUUAUUGUUUCAUACAAAGUUUUUUACCCUUGUGUAAGUGUUGUACACUUUUAAGAUGUAUGUUUUAUUUAUUUACUGUAUACAGUAAUUGUUCUUACUAGUGGAUGACAUAUAUAUGAGACAAUGCUGCAUGUUAUUUUCAUUUUGUUCAGGUUGAGAUUUAUCAACGGCUAUCCAUGAAUUGAAUAAUAUGUUCUCAAAACCUUUGUACUAGAAUACUAAACCGAGAGCACUGGAGACUAAACUGAUCAAUUGUAACACGUGAUGAUUUGAUCAGUUUAGUUUAUCAAUAAAUGUGGGUUGUGAACAAAACUUUACGACAAAACAGAUGAUUUCAGCUUCACAAUUUUUAAACCAAGAGCUCCAAGUGGUAAAGUUAAUAUCAUCCCUUCGAAAUUUUAACAGACACCAUCACGACUUGUUUGACCAUUAUGAAAUAUUUGUUACACACAUAACGACGAAUAUAUUCCAAUUGUCGUUAUUACAGUCCGUCCUCUUUUCCUCGAAUGUGACAUACCGAAUUAGACUUUUCCCCAGGUUUGUAAAUACAUGAGCAUCACGACGGGUGCCACGUGUGGUGCAGGAUUUGCACACCAACCAGGAGCACCCAAGAUCCUCCAGUUUUUGAUGGUGCUCAUGUUGCUCAGUCUACUAUUCUAUGUAGAUUGUUGUUUGUCUAUUCCUCGUUUGAGUUCGACUUACGAUUAUUUAUUUUCCCUUUGGUAUCUUCUGUAUGUUUUUUAAAUUAUAAAUUAUAGGCAAUAAACAAUAAACAAUAUCUUUCGGAACAAAUACAUUUUACAUGAAAUACGAGCGAUAAAACUCAUCAUUGUAUAAUAUAUGGGAAAAUUAGAGUGAAUUUUCUAGAAUGCAAAAUAACUAUAACACGUUCCAUAGCUGGAUUAGAUCAAAAUUUACUGUUAGUCGUAUUGUUUUUUUUAACAUUUUGUUUAAUAUGUCAAAUGCCUGUUGUUAUAUCAUAUAAAUAAAGUCAUCAUAGAUACCAGGAUUAAAA